AUGAAUUUUUGUCUUCUCAUUUAUUUAUCCUUCUGGUUACAUUCCACCUAUUGUCUAGCUCAGGAUGAACAGAAUUUGUUCUAUCAAUUAUACAAUUUAUUUACUGGUAAUCAAACAUUAACUAAUAUUAUACCAUCCAGUUGGUUAGAUUAUCUUAUUAGUUUGCCUGGAUCUGGAUAUUUCAUCGCAUUUGUUUAUUGGUUACGUCAUCCACUUCUUUUAUGUUUUCUACUUCCAUUUUUAUUAAUCUUUUUUAUUUAUUUCACUGUCAUUUUACUUCAUUUAUACCAUUUACGUUUUUGGUUACGUCGUCAUUUAAAUCGUUUAUUGUCCAAGUUCAGACAGUCGUCAACUUCACCAUCAAUAUCUAUAUCAUCUACUAGUCACAUAUAUUUAGAUUCACUAGCAGAAUUAUUACGUCGUAUUGUUGCUGCUGUAUGGGAUGCUCAUGGACGUAUAUUUCACGGUUAUGAAGUAAUUGGUAUGGAGAAAUUACCACCAAAUGGACCAGCUUAUUUAGUUUAUUAUCAUGGAACAUGUCCAUUUGAUGCAUAUUAUUUUACAUCGAGAUAUUGUAUUGAAAGAGAUAGAUUUCCUGUUCCUGUUGUAGACAGAUUUUUAUUUCGUGUACCUGGACUUGGACGUUUACUAGAAACAAUCGGUGCAAUUAAAGGUUCUGUUGAUGAAUGUGUCGCUCAUCUGCAACCAGGUCAUAUUCUCAAAAAUGGUAAAGUUUCACAAGGUGAUGUAUUAUUAAUCUCUCCCGGUGGUGUUAGAGAAGCUUUAUUCUCUGAUGAAUUUUAUACAGUUAUGUGGGAGAAUCGUCGAGGUUUUGCACGUAUUUCUUUAUUAUCUGGACAACCUAUUUAUCCAAUGUUUACAGAAAAUAUUCGUGAAACCAUAAGAAUUGUACAAUUUGGCAAAGGUUGGUGGCGUAGCUUAUAUGAAAGAACACGAUUACCGUUAGCCAUAUUUUAUGGUUAUUUUCCUGUUAAACUUAGAACCUAUAUUGGUGAUCCGAUUUAUCCAUUGCCAAAUGAAACAUCUGAUGAAUUAGCUAGUCGAGUUCGUAUAUCCAUUGAAGAACUUAUCAGUAGGCAUCAGUUAAUACCGGCAAAUCUUUUUUGUGCUAUUAUGCAACGAUUCCCUGUAUUCGAUCGUUGGUUAACAAAAUAUAAACUUAAACUAUUUUAUCAUUAUCAUCAGCAUCAAAGACAAACAUGA